AUGGCCCAUCAAGCCAAUGGAACCGCUAAGAGGAACAUUUACAACGAAGUUGACGCUCCCGAUGCUUCUUUUACUUCCACUUCCAAAGGAGGUCCUCUCAUCUCCUCAUGGCUCCCCACUCUCCGUAACACGCUUUCCUCACUCCUACACUGGACAGGCUCCUACUCAGCCCACAUUCAGGACGCCCAUCUCGCCUUUGUGCGUGCAGCCGUGGUCCCCCGCCUCAAACAGCCACCCACCGCGGCUGACAGGCAGCACUACAUAUUGACACAUAACCAAUCACCUUACGAAGCAAGCGUUGCCUUUUCAUCUCAUAAAGGGGCCAAGGUGCGUUUUACGGUGCAGCCUUUGGUGGAUUCCAGCCCCGGGCCUGCGUGUAAUGACCCUCUAGGGCAGAAGGGAUUGCGUGAGAAGCUAGAAGGUCUGGCGUCUGCCUGUCAUGCGGAUCGUAUCUGGCUAGAUGCCUUUCUAGACUCUGUUCUCCUUACUGUCGAAGAGGAGGCAGGCUUGCUCGAAGUGAAGGCUGACGGUGCGCUGCCGCGACAAAUUUGUUAUACCGGAUUCGAUCUCGAGUCCGAUGAGAAUGCGACCAUCAGCAUGAAGGCGUACCUUUUCCCUCAACUCAAAGCCCUCGCAACAGGCCGGUCGCUGGUGAACAUCACCGAGUCCGUUGCAACACGCCUUGCUGAGGGCGACGAGGCAAUGUUGGCUGCAUGGGGACUACUCAAAAUCUUUCUCGUCUCCCAGGGCGAGGACAACAUCAACAUCUACUUCCUCGCCAUCGACUGCCUGGCACGCAACAAGAAGCCUCGCUUCAAGGUCUACGUCCACACUCACGCCAACUCGCUCGCGUCAGCCCGUAAUGUCUUCACCCUAGGCGACCGGCUUCCUGCCUCCUCAGCCGACUUCCUCCCACAGGUCUGGCCCUUACUCAUGGACAUGGAAGACGUUUCCUCGGCCGACAUGGACGGCCUGGAAAAGCCACUCAAUGAGCCUGACAGCAAGUAUUGCGGGCUCUGCUUCGCCUUUGAGAUAGUACCGGGAAAGACGGUCCCGCAGGUCAAGAUGUACGUGCCCAUAUGGCAAUACGCUCGUGACGAGGCCGGAGUUAUGGAGCGCUAUGAGCGAAUACUCCAGACGCAGGGAAUGAAGUCUGGAGAGUACGACUUUGGAGCUGCUGUUCAAGACGCCUUCGGCAGCGAGAGAGAUACUGGUCUGCAUACCAUGGCAUCGGUUUCCUCUUCUAGUAAGGGCGUGGGGUUCAGCGCCUAUUUUGGGCCAAGGUUUUGGGAAUGAGCGUCAUUGGUCAACUAUGUAUGAAUCUAGUAAAUGCUUUUCGUACGAUGAUGGAAUAGUGUCUUUCUGGGAACUACUUGAUUUAGC